AGCUGAUGCCGGUGAAAGCAGCGGACGCCUCCUUAGAUCCGAAUCGAGACUCGUGGGACAUCGGCUUGAGCUAGUCCACGUGCAGAAGGCGUGCAUUGUCACGGCCUCUCCGCCACUUCUCGGUGAAGUGUCAUAAAAAGCCUCCAAGACCUUUGAACCGGUUUCUCGAUCGCACAAACACGUAUUACCCUUGAAAACUCUUUGAAAAAAAAAACUCCGUCAAUUGUCGUCUUGAAACUUACAGAAAAAUUUGCAACGCAUUCGAAGUUACUCCAAAAGGAAUAAGUGAUACCAAAAUGGCAAAAAAUCUACAUUGGAUCGUAAGGCUCGUCCGAGACAUUGCAUCUCAUCGGAACCUUCGAUGAAGCUAGAGAUUUGUGAGAAAAACGUGAAUCAAGUCUUUUAUCGUAUAAGAUAGUCAUCAAGAAUCUAUAAUUCAGAAUUAAUUAGUGAUUGAAUCAUACUAAAUGUACUUGAAAUUUAAAAUUUAUUUAAAAGAUAUCAAUAUUAAUUGAUCAUCGAACAGGAGGUGGAAGUUACUGUUCGGAAGAGGAAGAAAAACAAGAAGUUGAUGAGUCAAAGAAAUCGUAAUCAAUCGUAAUCGCUAAUCAAUUAAUUUCUCCGUUUAUGCCAGUGAAAUUUAAACUAGUCAAAGCUUGAAAGGGACUUUACAGCUCUCAACUAAAUCAAGUUUCUCCUGGAAUAAUUUUGGAAAAACUCGAUUUUGUCUUGACAUCCUUCUUCUUCGUCAGUCGUCAUCAAUGGUUCGAAGAAAUGAACCAUUCUUGAAUUAUUCUUAUCGUGGAUUAUCCUUCCGUUACCUCUGAUUUUUCUCGUGUGCAGUGAGACAAUGACGUGCAAGAUAUCCAUGAAAUAAUAAACAAAAGUUACAAUCGACCAUGAAUAUCGUGCUCGGGAUGCUUCUGAUUACCAUAGCCGGCGCUCUCGAUCAUGACAACUACUCGUGGAAACGCAGAGAGGAUGUCAAAAUCGCGGCCACGAGCCGACCGGUUUCAUCAAUCAAGGUUAAAGAAGCUCGCUCGCAACGAUCUAGUGUACAUUCGACUCACAGAUCGAGACCAUCGAAUCCAUUCAAGGGCGACGUUCUACAAAAUUCACCGAGAAGAUUCGCGGCUGCCGAGGAUUCGGAGGAGGAGCAGAAUCUCUGGAAUCUCGGUACCGUCAGGACGAGACAGGAUGUGAAGCGCGAAAAUCGAGCCAUUGAGAGCACUUUGAAAAACGUGAUCGGCAGACCGUCUUUGGAUAAGGUCGAGCAGUAUCAGUAUUUUUCGAACUUUCCGUACGGCGAUGAAGCUGCCGACGCCAUAUUGGAGAACGCGAAAUAUCCGCAGAAUGCAAUAUUCUCCAAGGACGUUCAGCAAGAGUUCCUGGAUCAAAACGCAAAAGAAGAUGAGAAGGAAAUAGAUUGGAGCGGGCAGAAUGUAUUCCAGAAAGACCCACAAGACGAGCUGGAGGAAGAAGUUAAUGUUCAGGAAUUUCUAGAUGACAUUAGACGGAAGAAAUUGAAUGGAGAAUUCGAAGAGCUGUUGAAUGGACAUCGUCAGGGCAGAAGGAGGAAACUUACCAGUCAGCAGCAAGGUGUUCUGCUGGUGGAGACACUCAGGAAGAAGCGAAAUCACACCAAUGAUCAUCGAGGGCAUGGUUCCAAUCUCCAGAGCGGCCUUAUGGAUAUGCUGGGCAGAAUGAUACCGCAAACGUGCAAGUACAAAGGCGCAAAGUUCGAGUGCGGCCUUAGUAUUAGCUGCGUUUUCGGCGGCGGUCGACCUGUCGACCUCUGUUCCGGGGGUUUAAUAUGGAGCUGCUGCGUGGACGACGACGAUAUACCUGAGAAAAUACGACCGACCGUCGGCUUGCUACAGAAUGCCACGUUUUCCAUAAAUCUCGGGCACCAACAGCCGUACGUGGAUGACGACGUGAACAUUUACGGGAACGCGAUUAGGCCCAGCAGGCCGUCGCACAGCCAGGGGGGAUCCCAUCGACCCUCAUUUAGCAAACCGACGACGAAUCCUUACGGUCCGUCUUACGCGAUCUGGAACCACGAUCGACCGACGAACGAUCUCGCGAUCGGCCACGAUCGACCUACGUACACCACUUCCCGGCCACCGCAUCACACGAUCCAGGACUAUUCGCAGGACCAGUACAACGGUGGAUACCCGUCCCACGCUUCCGGUAUACACGUGUCGAUGUUUGAGGAAGCCUCCAACGCUGCUGUGGACUACUCUAGAUACCGUGGCUGCGGCGAGCUCUACACCAGGAGCAACAGGAUUGUCGGCGGCCACUCGUCCAGUUUCGGCAGCCAUCCGUGGCAGGCCGCUAUUAUCAAGUCAGGAUUUCUUAACAAGAAGCUAUCUUGCGGCGGUGCCUUGCUGAACAAUCGAUGGGUCGUCACCGCGGCUCACUGUGUCGCGACGACACCCAAUAAUAAUUUGAAAGUUCGACUUGGAGAGUGGGAUGUUCGGGAUGCAUCGGAAGGACAGCUUCACGAGGAAUUCAACAUCGAGAGAAAAGAGGUACACCCACAAUAUUCUGCUACCGACUUUCGGAACGACGUGGCUUUGGUUAAGCUGUCUCGGACGGUAAUUUUCAAGCAGCACAUUGUCCCGGUUUGCCUGCCGGCGAGGAAUUUGAAGCUCUCCGGCAGAACCGCAACUGUCGCUGGUUGGGGACGGACCAGGCAUGGUCAAACUUCGGCACCAUCCGUUCUUCAAGAAGUCGACGUCGAAGUAAUACCGAAUGACAGAUGUCAGAAAUGGUUCAGAGCAGCUGGAAGAAGGGAGACCAUUCACGAUGUAUUCCUGUGCGCAGGUUAUAAAGAAGGAGGACGAGACUCUUGUCAAGGUGAUUCGGGUGGACCGCUUACGAUGUCAGUGGAAGGCAGACACGUUUUGAUCGGUUUGGUUUCUUGGGGCAUCGGCUGUGGUCGCGAACAUUUACCUGGUGUAUACACCAAUAUCCAGAAAUUCGUACCCUGGAUCGAUAAAGUUAUGAGUUAAAUGAAGAAGAGAUAGCUCAGUUCCUUUAAAGGUUGUGCGUUGCUUCGCCCAGGAAAAGAAGAAGAAGAGGAACAGGCGAGAGAAUGACAUGCAGUUAUCCCCAAAGUUUUGACUCGUCCUUUGAAAACUUUUGCGAUCGUACUUGGUUAUCCUUGAACAACGGGCACUUUCUCGAAAGUGAUGAAAAACAUAAUGUUUGAUACAGUUUGAUAAAGUAUACUCGAAGCUGAAAAGUGAUAAUGAAAAGUUAUAAUUAAUGUAACUCAAUGAUCGGUUUGUUUUGCUAAGACGAAGUUGUUGAAAUAUUGAUUAGUAGCAAUGAAUGGGAUAUAUAAUAUGAAGAACAUUUAAGCUGUUCGUAAGCCUCGUUAUUGUUAUUCAUAUAGCAAAUAAUUUAUUACCAUACAUAUUAAAACUGAAAAGUAUGAUUUGAUUUGAAAUUAUCUGUUAUUUAAAUAUAUAUUUUUGAAUUAAUAUAACAA